AUGGCCAGCGACGAUGAGUGCUACGGCUACGACUCCGACUACGAUUACUACGACGAGGACGACGUCGCGAUGGAGGCCGACGAGGACGCUCUGGUGGAGGAGGACACGCCGGCGCCGGAUCGCCCCGUGGAUUGCUGGGCCAUUACAAAAGAAUCUCUUUCCACUGCACAGCAACAAGAUUUGUCCAUGGUGAUGAACCUUUUGAACAUAAAGCAGCACCAUGCGCGCGCUCUCCUCAUUCACCAUCGGUGGAAGACGGAAUGCAUAUGCGACCACUUCGACAGGAAGGGGCGGGAUCGCAUGCUCAGGGAGGCAGGCGUCGUGCUUCAGGAGAAUAACAACUGCAGGGCAUCGCCCUCAAGAAUGAUGAACUGCAUGGUGUGUUUUGAAGAAUUUUCCAUGAGCGUCGUUUCCACCAUGGAAUGUGGCCAUUAUUUCUGCAAUGACUGUUGGACAGAGUACUUCAAAACCUCGGUCGACAGCGGCAAGAAGCAGAUCCGGUGCAUGGGGCUGAAGUGCCCUGCCAUCUGCGAUGAGGCCGUGGUGCGGCGCCUCCUUGGCCGCCGGUACCCGGACGCGGCCAGGCGCUUCGACCGCUUCCUGCUCGAGUCCUACCUGGAGGACAACGACUUCGUCAAGUGGUGCCCCAGCGUGCCGCAUUGCGGGCGCGCGAUCCGCGUGGGCGGCAGCGAGCAGCACUGUGAGGUGGAGUGCCCCUGCGGUUUGGGCUUCUGCUUCGCCUGCGCGGCGGAGGCGCACUCGCCGUGCCCAUGCACCAUGUGGGAUCAGUGGGAGGUCAAGUGCAACGGCGAGUCGGAGACAGUUAACUGGAUCCUUGCCAACACCAAGAACUGCCCCAAGUGCUAUAAGCCCAUCGUCAAGGAGGGCGGCUGCAACCUCGUCACCUGCAAAUGUGGCCAGUACCUAUGCUGGCUGUGCGGUGGCGCGACGGGGUCUGCGCACACAUGGACCUCCAUAGACAACCACAGCUGCAACCGGUUCGUGGAGGGGGAGAAGAAGAAGGUGGACGACGCCAAGCGGCACCUACACCGCUACACGCACUUCUACGACCGCUUCAAGAUCCACGGCGACUCGUACAAGGUAGAGCACGAGAAGCUGGGCCCGGCAGUUGAGGAGCGGGCCAAGUGGUUGCAGACCCUGCAACAGCACGCUCUGCUCCAGGACGGCGCCUGGCUGACGGAGGCGCACCAGAAGCUGCUCCGGUCGCGGCAGGUGCUGUCAAGGUCCUACGUCUUUGCCUUCUACAUGUUCGGUGACGACUACCACGGCAAGGUGCACAAGACGGAGCAGGGGAAGGUGGCCAUGGCGCAGGUCCUGUUCGAGGACUACCAGGAGCAGCUGGAACGCCACGUCGAGCGCCUAUCCAAGGUGCUCGCCACCGAGUUCUCGCUGGACCCGGUGGAGGAGGACAAGAUCCUGCGUGACAAGCAGGACGCCCUCAACCUCGCCAAGAUCGUCCAAACCCACUGCGGAGAGAUUUACAAGUGCAUCCAGGACGAGCUGCUGCCGCUGCUCCUCGACACGGUCGACAUCGCCACCUACCGGCCCCGAGGCCCGGACAAAGCCAAGGAGUUCCAGCCGUGA